AUGUCCAACACACAACUGGAGAAGCCCCCGACAGCAGGCAAAGUUAUCAAAGAGAACAACGCUUUUAUUCUGCUCCUCUCAGCUGGACCUGACCUCAGACACGACUCCGUCUACACGGCUGGGACCUGGGACAAGAUCAGCGGAGAGCACGCCGUAAAACACUCCGACAGCUUCAGAGAGCGGCCCAUUCACAGUAACCAGGGCAAGCAGCUGCGCCGCCGUAAAUUCUCCACUCUCCUCAAAAACUGA